AUGGGACGACUGCCAACUACUUCCGACUUCCCGGACAACAUCAAGCUAUCGAUCGGGCCGCCACCCGGCAACGAUGCCCCAACAAACGUCCUCAUCCUCCUCCACGGCCUCGGAGACAACCACGCCUCCUUCACCAACCUCGGCAAGCAGAUGAAUCUGCCCGAAACCGUCUGCAUCUCCAUCCAAGGACCGCAGGGUUUACUGGAUCUCGGCGGCUUCCAUUGGGGCGACGACAUCAUCUUUGAUUCGACCUCUGGCGGUCUGGAUCCGGAUGCGGGUUUCAAGCAGUCUACCAAGCUGCUUCGGAGUAUUGUCCAGGAUGGGUUGAUUGGAAAAUGUGGGUAUAAGGCGAGGGAGAUUGUGUUCUUUGGGUUCGGGCAGGGUGGAAUGGCUGCGCUGAACUAUGGUGUCGACCUUCAUACCUCAUCUUCAACCGCUGCAGAGAGCGAACUAGGCGGCAUCAUCAGCAUCGGUUCGGGUCUACCAAGCGAAGCUCCCGCCUCCCUGGACACCAAAUGCAAGACUCCCAUCCUCGUCUGCGCAGGCUCAGACCAGUCAGCCGUGACGGCUACGUCCGAAGACAAGCUUAAGCGUCUCUUUGAGCAUGUUGAAAUCAAGCGGUACCGUAAGCCCGGGGACAGCAUGCCGGCGAAUCGAGAUGAGAUGAUGCCCAUCAUGCAGUUCUUCUCGCGACGGCUGAGGAGCACAAAAGGCGUGCCGGAGGGGAGUGUUGAGGUUGGCUGA